CAGCCUAGACAUUCCAGAAGAGGUCACCGAGGAGCUGAGAUGGCCUUCUUCAACUUAUAUCUAUUGGGAUAUCAAAAUUCCUUUCGGAACAAAAAAAAGGACACAACUGAAGAAACAAACCAGAAGGAACCAGUGCCCACUAGGCUUCCCCACAUUUUCUCAGAAGAUGGGAAUUAUUCUGUGCACCAGAAUAGCCACACAAAGUACCAUGAAGCUGUACGGAAGGUGUUGUUAAAGACAUUCCCCAAUCAGGUCUUCAGAGUCCCCUUGACUGAUGCUCAGAACUUCAGCUUCUGGCGGUCCCAUGAACCAGGAGUGCGUCCAGAGGAAACCAUGCCAUGGAUCUGGAGCCCACGCCACUGUCUCAUAAAAAGCCCAAUGACCAGGUUUAAGGAUCACUCUAUUCUCAAUGACAGAACUGUCAGUCUUUACUGAGGAGGAUAUGGUGGCAGACGGACAAGAUGAACUAUGGAAGGAGUGCAGAGGGGGAAGGAGGGAGAAGGUGCUGCUUCAGAUGGAUGACUAAUGGGAGGGCUCAAGAAGGCAAAGUAAACAGACUGGACUA